AUGAAUGGUAACGAGAUUAGCCCUCAAAUCAUGACAAUUGAGAUCCUGCAGUACAUUCAGAGCACCGGCGCCUCUAAGGAUGGGAGACCUUGCACUCGAUUAAAAGAAACUGGAGACGUGACCACAUUCUCCGAGGUAGAAGAGAAACAGCUUGUUUCGAAAACCGAUCGCAUGAUCGUGCCUCUGGUUUGGGCGAUCUACUUCCUACAGUACCAAGAUAAGAUCCUAAUGAUGUGUCUACUUGAUGACACCGGGAUGCGCACUGAUCAGUUCUCCAAUCUGGCGCUGGCAUUCUACGUCUCAAUUUUUUUGGAACUUCCUACAGGCUACCUGAUGCAGCGUCUCGCGACUGCAAAGUACCUAGGGCUGAACGGUAAAAAUUUCGCCGGGCUUGUUGUCCUUCGAGUUCUGCUAGGAUGCUUCGAGACCGCUGUCACUGGCCAUGCUAGUUUGAUUUUGACCACGUCCAUGUGGUAUCGACGCGAUGGAACCGGUACAGCAACCAUUGUCGGCGCGCUCGUCGCGUACGGUCUGCUCUUCUACACAGCCGAUAAGUUCUACUCAUGGCAGAUAAUGUUCCUCAUCUUUGGGCUGGUGACUAUCGCCGUCGGGGUCACCGUGAUUGCCAUUUUCCUGGACAACUCCAUGACCUCUCGACUCAAUCACGAGGAGAAUAUCAUCGUCAUCGAGCGCCUCCGCGCGAACCGUAUCGGCAUCGAGAACAAGCAGUUCAAAUGGGCCCAGUCCGUCGAGGUUUUCAGCGACCGGCAGGCCGUGGUCAGCAUCCUAGCGGGCACCCACCUGGCGGCCCGCUUCGACCAGCGCUGUCUCUGCGUCAUUGGGAUCCUGAGCUGUGGCCCCCGCGGAGGCUGUCUGAUGGCCUUCGCACCGAGCGACAACAAGGGUGCCAAACUUGCGGGCAAUUCCCUGAAGAACUGCGUCGGGUCCGCUCUUCCGUUGAUGUACUCCAUCGCCGGGGCCAACGUGGCCGGACACACGAAGAAGGUAACGAUGAACGCCAUCGUACUCAUGUCGUUCUGCCUGGGAAAUAUCCUGGGCCCACUGUCGUUCCGCACGCAGGACGAGCCGCAGUACAUGCCGGCCAAGGUCGCGAUUGUGGCUACCGUCUCGGUGGCGAUCCUGUUCACUGUGCUUCUCAAAUGCUACUACAUGUAUGAGAACCGGCGGCGAGAGCGUAACGGGCUGGGUGCACAGCACCAGGAAAAUUCCGAGUUUCUGAAUCUUACAGAUAGGGAGAAUCUUGAUUUCAGAGUAAUUCGAUUGUUUGCCUGAUACCGGGCGAGUGGAUUGUCGCUAACGUUCAGCAGUACAAGCAUCAAUCUAGUCGAAAUGCUGG